CAAAGCAGAAAGAGCAUGCACACUGACAGUGGUACAUCCAGGCCACAGGGGGCGCCACAGCUCCCGACACGGCCACUUACAACCUGCUUCUCUUGCCUCCGCCUGCAUUCUCGGUCGGAGGGUGAAAGGGCACAAGUGCCGGGUUGUGACCAGAUUGUUGCCGUCCGUUCACCAGUCCGUCUAUUCGGUCUGGACCGCACUACGAAAAUGGCCAGAAAGAGAAGUGAUGAUGCCAAGGGUCAGUCCAGCGCGGUCGUGAACACCGUGAACCGGCAGAAAACGGAGCCGGCGAGCGAGCCGAGCGCCCUAAUCAGUCAAGAGGCUGUGAGAGAGAAAACAUCAGAAGGGGGUUCGACUCGAAUGUCUCUCUUCAUUCUUUUAUCUACCUUCCUUUCAGCUGCUUUUGUUAUGUACAUAGUGUACAGGAAUUUUCCAGAACUUGAUGAAGAGGAACGAAAAACUAUUGUAAUUCCUAAGGACAUGGAUGAUGCCAAGGCAUUGGGGAAAGUUCUUUCCAAAUACAAGGACACUUACUAUGUACAAGUGUUAGUGGCAUACUUUACCACAUAUAUUUUUUUACAAACAUUUGCCAUACCAGGGUCCAUAUUUCUCAGCAUCCUUUCGGGGUUUCUGUACCCUUUCCCACUGGCACUUUUCUUUGUCUGCCUGUGUUCCGGUCUUGGAGCUUCCUUCUGCUACCUGCUGUCAUAUUUAGUUGGUCGGCCAAUUGUUUAUAAAUAUUUAAAAGAGAAAGCAACAAAGUGGUCACAACAGGUUGACAAGCACAGGGAUCACCUUAUUAAUUAUAUAAUCUUUUUAAGAAUAACUCCAUUCCUGCCAAACUGGUUCAUUAAUAUAACAAGUCCUGUAAUAAAUGUACCUCUGGGUGUAUUUUUCAUUGGAACAUUUUUAGGUGUAGCACCUCCAUCAUUUGUGGCUAUCAAAGCUGGCACAACCCUUUAUCAACUUACAACAGCAGGAGAAGCUGUUUCUUGGAAUUCAGUCUUUGUUCUCAUGUUCUUGGCAGUUGUCUCCCUACUUCCAGUAUUUUUCCAGAAAAAACUGAAGCAAAAGUUUUCAUAACCUCAACACAGUCUUACUAUUCAUAACUUGCCUCAGAAUUUAUCUUUAAGUUAACGUCCACUAAGUGGGUUGUAGUAAAGAAUAUAUUUGGAUUUAAUAGGUUAAUCAUUUUUUCAUAAUCAAUGUGCACAUACAAAAAUGUGACUUAAGUUUUAUAAAACUAUGCCCUUUCCCUGUUUUUCUUUCUCAGCAUUAAGUCACAUAAUAUACUGCAAAUGACUUGCUUUUAUUAUUGGAUAUAGAAAUUAUUAUAUAAAGUAGCUAAACAGAGUGAAGCACAUGAUUGCAGCAAGUCUCUUCCAAUUCUAGAUGCACCAAAAUCAGUUCACUUCAAAGAAAUAAAUUUUUCCUUGGCCACAUACUAAAAGCACAAUAUAGUGUCAGUUGAAGUCAAUCUAAUAGAACUUUGGAGGAGUGGAGUGAAAUGUGCACUGCUACUGCUUUCCAUUUGAACACUAUGUUGAAGGAUGAAUUCUUUAACAUUUUUUUCCCCCCGGUUUUUGUGGUUCAAUGUUGUGGAAACAUUUAUGCAAGGUUCUUCGAUGUAAGAAGUUGCUAUCUGCAAACAUAUGCCUUUAACAGUAUUAAGAAUGGCAAUAAAUUCACAUUCAUGGUGUAUAAUUAUUUGUAAUCAUACAUGAUUUUGAACUUCAAUUAUUUACAUGUUAUCACAACUUAUAACAUUCUGAUGCAAGUAUUUAUUGGAAAGAAGGAUGGCUGAAUUGGUUACUGUUGUUUCAUCAUUCAGUCCCCAUGUACUGUAUGUGACUUGUUCUCUACCCCAGAUAUCGCUAUGGAAUGUAAAUUUUCAUGUCUAUUGACUUGUACAGAAUAAGUAAAAGUGCACAAAAUAUUUCUUAAAAAUCCAUCGUCUUCUGUACUGAAAAUUUUAAAUGCCCACUAGGUGGCAUGUGAUUCCAGAAACUUGAUGUAAUAAAAGUCAUGAAGUGAAUUUUUCAUCCAAUCUUAGUUAAUUGGGAGGAGGUAUGACACAAUAGCUGAUGUUUCUCCUUCAAACAUGGCAGUUAGGUGUGGUGGGGGGGGGGGGUUGAGAAAGAAAUCAAAUUCAGUCAAUUUCCUAUAAUAUCAAUUUGCAGUUUGAAAGGGUCUGAGGAGGACCAUUUUCCUGGAGAAUUGGUGUAUGAAUGAACAAAGACAAUGAAAUAAAAUAAAAAUAGUAUCACAACUGAUACUUGAGAGUUUACAAUACAAGCUUUGUAGCCGUAUAUCUGUAGGGAAAACAAAUAACCUCUAUGAUUUAAUUGUCAAACUGCUACCAAAUAUUCCACAGAAAUGAUUCACAGAUUCUUAAUGAUUCUUGCAGAAUGAGACCACUUUUUAAUCCAGGAAGAAACUAUAAAUGCUGAAAACAAAUAUCAAACUGCUUUGAAUUUCCAGCAAGGCAAUUGACUUCUUAAAAGGGAAAAGAUAAUGGCUUAAAAAAAAGCUCAAGUUUGUUAAUGCUGAUAAGUUUCCUGCUUUGCUCGAACAUUUCUGUUUUGAUUGGAAAUCUUAACAAUUGUGGUCAAAUCAACUGAAGAAAACCAAGUACUGCAUUGUCCUGAUGAAGGGUCUCAACUUGAAACGUCGACAAUUUAUUUUUUUCCCAUAGGAUCUGUCUGGCCUGCUGAGUUCCUUCAGCAUUCAGUGUGUGUUGCCCUGCAUUGUACAUUUUGAAAAGUAUUCAGAAACCAGCCUGUUGUCAUUAACUCUAGCUGAUGUAAAAGUGUGUGAACUAGGCUCCUGUCUUCAAUGUGAUUUUAAUGAUAAUCUGAUACAAUCUGAUGGACUUUUAGAAUAAACAUUGUAUUGUGAUAUUAUAAUUGCCA